AACGGCCCAGCUGGAUUCACCUCAGUCACUGCAAGCUACAGGGAGUGCUGGACCCCUCAUUUCGGCGUGGUGGGGAAGCCUGACUUCAAACUAGCCUCAUCGUUUAGGGUGGGACGUCUCAAUGUUGGUGAAGCGAACAACAAUCCCCACUCCGCUAGGCGAAGGUAAGCCUUGGUGUCCCUGUCAUCCAAGUAGCAACGGGGCUCCACAUGCCAGGUGGAUCCUCUGCUGCGCUGUGGUUGGAGCGUGCUAUGGUCUAUGGACUCAGCUGAACAGACCAAGUGACAAUGUUGACCGUGGAAAACGAUGGUCACACGAUGAGAACUUUGAGGACUGGUCAUGGGACCCCAGAAACCCAUACGAAACCAACACUUGGUACCGGUACGUCAAGUUCACUGUGAGAUCACACACACAGGAGGGUUGCUAUGUGUGUUCCAAACUUCCUCCUUCCUCUACACAAGUUCACUUGGAGGCCAGAGCAAUGAAUGUCACUGAAGCGAAAUGUAUGGCAUCCAUGGAAGGAGUUGGACAUCAACACCGUGCUGUCACAGUCAGUGAUGCCCUGGACUUGCGGAAGGUACCUGUGAUCAGCUUUUCUGGACAAAUCUCAAUAUGACUGUUAAAGGAGGAACAUUGCCGCAGGUGGCCUACACAGAGCGGCCACCGGGAGUGAACUAUACGUGUUACAUCCAAGGAAGUGAGACACACAAAUGCAUUGACAGCGGCUGCUCUCCAGGAGGAAACUGGAUGGGAGCUUUGGACAUCGCCGCUGAGUGUCAGGAUAAGAGAGCCAUUUCAGGUGGUGAGGGCUCUCCGACCAACAUGGCUGCACCAUCAAACGGAACAUACUUCAUACAGAAUGGCAGGUGGCUUUGUGCUCUCAAGGUUUAUCCGAUCCUGCCUGCCAACUGGACAGGAGUGUGUGCACCAGUGUGGGUGACAGACCACACCUACAGGAUACAACAUCGUCAGCUGACGACAGCACACAACUCUUCUGGACGUCGACGCAGGGCGGUUGCAACCUUUGACCCUCAUGACCCUGUCUGGGGUGCAAAUGUUCCAGACGACCAUAAAGUAUGGUCCGUUGGAGACAAAGUUGUUCAUGCGCUUUUUCCUUGGAUCGGAGUUGGGAAACAAUCACUCUUCAUCGAGACACUGAACUAUCGUUUUCAAUCCUUUGUGAAUCUCUCACUGCAAGUCGAUGAUGGACAGAAUAGAGAGAUCCAGGCUAUUAGACUUAUGGUCUUGCGAAACAGGAUGGUUCUGGACUUGAUGACGGCAGCACAAGGUGGUGUGUGCCAUAUCAUUCGGACUUCCUGUUGCACAUACAUUCCAGGAGAUAAUGACACGCACAUCAAGGAAGCCAUGAACUCACUGAGGAAUUUACAGCAGGCCAUGUCGGAGGAUAAAAUCCCACCAAUGGGAUUUCUUUUCAUGGCUAUUCUCUGGCACUUGGUGGCAGCUGCUGUUGAAACUUGUGGCUCCUGUGCUUGCUGUGCUGGCAUUGUUGUGCUUGUUUACGACCUGUUUUAUCCCAUGUUUGAAGUCUGCUGUGACAAGGUUUGUGUCUUCUACCGUAGCACAAGUACAUAUACAACUUCUCAGACAUGACUGAUGUGAUGACUAUGAUGUGCUGCGAAACGUGGAUUGCGUAGAUGCUGUUUAGCUCAGCAUUAUUUUACAGAAACUUGAUGAUUUGACCAUCGAAAAUGCCUUGCAAGUGAUGGAUACAAUGACGUACUGUUUCUGUGUUUUUCUUUUUUUAUUGAUAGCAUUCUGGUCGCCUAAGGCAGAGGGACCGUGUGACUCUUUUCCUGCAUUUAAUCUUGCCGCAUGUUUUUGAGUUACACACAAAUUUUGGACUGGAGUAUUGAGGGAAAACCUCAUAAUCAUAUGAUAAAACAGAAGGGUUAUGUUAGGGUUUACACUGUAAAGAUUAUCUUCAUCGUAUGAUUAUGAUGAACUUCAUAUGAUGGCGCCGCGGAUGGCAGCCACGGUGAGUCGCUCUCUGUUUCUUUGUCUUAUUUUGCGUGUUUUCUGUGUCCUCUGCUGUCCAUCCCGGAUCACUUUUACCAGAGAAGCGCUGUUAAACAUCAGACAGUCUUCUUCUGGUAUUUUCUCUCCUGUUCUCUCUGAUUCAGACUGUUUGUCGGAGAUUCUAGCCGGAGCGGCGGUGCUAUACAAGCUAGCGCGACGACGGCGGCGCGGAAAAUGAGCCGGAGCCCUCGUAAAGCUGAGGCAGAGAGGGUUCCGUUCUGCCCUACCGUCAAUUCAUCUGGCGAAUGUCCGCUCCCUGGCGAACAAGACGAACUGCUGCUCCUCACUUCAAGGAACACGGACUUCAGCAGAUCCGCCGCGCUGUGCUUUGUUGAAACGUGGCUCAGCGAAUGAAACCCCAACCACGCCGUGGAGUUAGCGGGGAUUCGGCUAACGCGUGCAGAUCGCAGCGCGGAGCUCUCCAGAAAAUCAAAGAGAGACUAAGACCUUCUGCACGUACAACAACGACAAACCUUGGUUUACACCGAAGCUCAGGAGGCUGCUCAAAGUCAAGGAAGAGGCCUACAGGAGCGGUGACCGGGACCUGUUCAAGCAGACCAGAAACACACUGAACCGAGAGGUCAGGAAAGCCAAGAGGUGUUACGGGGAGAACCUGAAGAGACACCUCUCUGCCAAUCCUGAUCCCUCAACAGUGUGGAAAGGUCUGCAGAGCAUCACGGGCUUCAAGAAACAAAUCCCCCGUCCUGUGGAGAGCCCAAGGCUUGCUAAGCAGCUAAACAGGUUCUACUGCAGGUUUGAUCAGUCCUCCCACACAACGGGACUUCCUGCAGCACAAUCUACAUACCUCUCCCCAAAACUGCUCUGUCCACACCUCUAUCUCACCCGCAAGGCGACAACGAUUGUGAGUGAUGUGAGUCACCCCGCUCACUCUUUGUUUGAUCUUCUGCCCUCUGGGAAGAGGUACAGGAGCCUGCGCUCCCGCACCACCAGACUCACCAACAGCUUUAUACUCCAGGCUGUUCGGAUCCUGAACUCUCUCCCCCUUUCUGCGUAGCGUCCUGUACUUUUGCGCUAUGCUUACUGUCUGCUGUAUGCACACUGGCUCCGUUUUGCUCUUAUUUAUUGUGUUAUUUGUUUAUUAUUUAUUCAUCACUCUUAUGAUUUAUUGUUUGUGCCUUCUUGUUUUUAUUUUGUGUCGUUUACUUGUAUGUCUAUCGUGUACUAGGUCUCGUCACCGUGGGAUAGAGGAAACGUAAUUUCGGUUUCUUUGUGUGUCUUGACAUGUAAAGAGAUUGACAAUAAAGCAGACUUUGACUUUGACUAUCAACGUUGCCACCCACUCUCUCUCUUGCAGAGGCCGCGCCCGCACUCCAGAUCUACGAGGAGGAAGUGCGGCAGAUGUUCUGGAGACAAAAGACCAGGAAGGCACCGGGCCCAGACGGCGUGUCACCUUCCUGCUUGGAAGUCUGCGCUGAGCAGCUGGCGCCCACCUUUGCACGGAUCUUCAACCAUUCUCUGGAGCUGUGUGAGGUGCCCUCGUGCUUCAAGAGCUCCACCAUUGUUCCAGUGGCCAAGAAGCCCGCCAUCACAGGUUUAAAUGACUAUAGACCUGUCGCACUGACAUCUGUGGUCAUGAAAUCUUUCGAGAGUUUAGUGGUGAACCACCUGAAGGAUGUCACGAGCCCCCUGCUUGACACCCUCCAGUUUGCCUACCGGGCAAACAGGUCGGUGGACGAUGCGGUCAACAUGGGACUGCACUAGAUCCUGCACCACCUGGACACCCCAGGAACGUACGCCAGGAUCCUAUUCGUGGACUUCAGCUCGGAGUUCAACACCAUCGCUCCUGACAUCCUCCAACAGAAGCUCAUCCAGCUUGCGGUGCCUGCCUCCACCUGUCAGUGGAUUACCAGCUUCCUGACCAACAGGAGACAGCCUGUGAGGCUGGGGGGCAUCACAUCUGACACCCGGACCACCAAUACUGGAGCCCCUCAGGGGUGCGUCCUCUCCCCACUGCUCUUCUCUCUCUACACCAAUGAUUUCUCCUCAGGUGACUCUCCUGUGAAGCCUCUGAAGUAUGCAGACGACACCACUCUCAUCGGACUGAUCCAGGACGGUGAUGAGACUGCGUACAGACAGGAGGUGGAGCGGCUGGUCCACUGGUGCAGUCAAAACCACCUGGAGCUGAACCCGCUCAAGACCGUGGAGAUGACAGUCGAUUUCAGGCGAGACCCUUCACCACUUUUACCCCUCACUAUUCGCAGUAAUACUAUUCUCUCCACAGACACCUUCAAGUUCCUGGGAACCACAAUCUCUCGGGACCUGAAAUGGACCGGCCACAUAGACUCUGUCCGGAAGAAGGCCCAGCAGAGGCUGUACUUCCUGAGACAGCUCAAGAAGUUCAACCUGCCGCGAGAGCUUCUGAAGACCUUCUACACUGCCAUCAUCCAGUCUGUCCUCUGCACCUCCAUCACUGUCUGGUUUGGAUCGGCCUCCAAACAAGACAAGCACAGACUGCAACGGACAAUCAGGACUGCAGAAAAGAUAAUUGGAAUCAACCUCCCAUCUAUCCAAGACUUGUACCUGUCCAGGACCAGGAAACGUGCAAGGAACAUCUCUACAAACCUUUCUCACCCAGGUUGCAGUCUGUUUGAACUACUCCUCUCCGGACGGCAUUAUAGACCUCGGUACGCCAAAACCAGCAGACGCAGAGACAGCUUCUUCCCCCAGACUGUUGCUCUGAUGAACUCACACCACUCUUAGAGUCUCAGAGUCAUUACUGUGCAAUAACAUCCUGCUCUCCGCACCUUUUUUGAAUUUGUCUACACUGUUUGUACUAUGUGUCCUCUCUGCAUCCAUUGUAGCCUGGUCAUCCUGGAUAAGGGACCUGCCCAUCUGUGGUCUCCUCUCAAGGUUUCUCAUUUCCCCUAGCUGGAGUUUUGAGUUUUUCCUUGCCCUUUUGGGAGUUUAAGAUCAGGGGAUGUUUGAGAAUAUUUGCCAUUUUUCACAUGUCCUGAGUGUUGUUAGUCACCUAAAUGUUGAACAGAUUUACCGAAAUCAAAUUCCUUGUUUGGCAUGCUCAAACAUGGCGAAUAAAAAACCUUUGAAUCUUGAAUGUUGGAAUGUAACCUGUAAUAAUUUACCUAGCUUGUCCUGUCUUAACAAAAGUAGUAGACCAAAGUGCUAAGAUCUUUUGAACUGAUGGACUAGCUGCAGAGGAAGCAAUCAAAGUUGCCUUGUUUACACAACGUCGUAAAAGAUCCCCUGCUAUGCUUUGAUCAGCAGGCCAGGGGCUUCAACCCCAUCCUGUUGUAUCUUUCACCCCCACUCUCACCCCCACUCUGUUUCUCUCAAUAAAAAUGCUCCUGCACGA